AUGUUAAUUGCAUGCUACGGGCGAAUACUUACAUGCCUCUUGGCAAUAGUGAUGCCUGUGCUAACAUCCAGUCCCUAUGAUGAUGCUGUCCAGCUAUUGACACAGUAUUCUCGUAUGCACAAACCAGAAUACUUCUACAAUCAAGAUAACAUAGAAAACAACUUGAGAAUACCCCAAUUUAACAAUGUGUCAAGAAAAUAUGAAAGCAGCUUUCGCCCCGCAGCGGACAUCGAUAUCACAGGAACAGAAAGGGCCGUGGAAUUGCUACAGAGCUAUGCAGUGGAGCACAAGGACUCGAAGUCGUAUUUGAUUUUGGCUGACAUAUUCAUGUUUGGGAAGAACUACGUUGAACCAAACUAUCAACAGGCACUUAAAUACUACGAGUUGGCCGUAGAAAACAACAAGGGCAACAGUGCGAGCCAAGAGAGGACGGAGAUCGAGACCAAGCAUGGGGUUCUGCUUACGUCUUCCAUUGGUCAUGCCUACUUCAUGCUUGGGUUCAUCCAUUCCACAGGACUCUUUGGGGAAUUUCCGAAAAAUGAAGCUUUGGCUACUCUUUAUUACCAAUUUGGAAUGGAGAAUGGUGAUACGAAUUCGAUAUUGGCCUUGGCUUAUAGAAACUUGAACGGGAUUGGAACUCCUGUGAAUUGCGAAUUGGCGUUGCAUUACUACACGAGAUUGGCGCAUCUUGGAAUCAAGCAUCUCCAACGCAGUGAGGGCAAGCUAGCUUCAGAAAAUGGAGAGGACGAAGAUAUCGAAGAGUUUGACUUACACUACAAUAUCAGACUACCAGAUUUUAAUGGGGGAUUGUAUGGCAAUAAAGUUAGUGAGAGUUCCACUUCUAUACGGUCUCACUCGAAGAUAUAUAUGUCGUCAAAACAAGCCUUAAAUGAGUAUAACUUGGAUAUAAAUGAACAUGUCUAUUUUGAUUACUACUAUAAUGCCUUGAGUCAGUAUGAAGGUGACUUGUUCACACAGAGAAACCAUACAAAAGCUUUCUUAAUUCUACAAGAAUGUGUUGAGGAGGGAGAAUUGAAUUUUGGUAAGUCUGAUUAUAAAAAUGUUGACGACGUAGACCGGGUAUUUUUAAGUCACUGUAUUGCAUUACUCGGAAGAAUUUACAUGAAGGGCCAAGGAGACAUAUUGAAAGGUAUUCCCGAUUAUCAUAAGGCUUACGCAUUAUUGAAAACUUCCUUGAAGGUUCAGAAGACACAUGAGGCGCUAAACGAUUUGGGGAUUAUGAACGAAUUGGAAUUGACAGAGCUAACUUCCAAUCAAACAAUGGCUAUAGUUUGUUACAAAGAAGCAAUUGCAUUGAAAUCUGCCGAUGCUGCAGUUAAUUUAGCAAAAUACCUUACAAGUUUAGCUGAAGACCAAAAUGUGUUCAAAUCAAAAAAUAAGAAUUAUAUCUAUAAAUUAGUUCAAGAUGCCGUCUAUAAGGGACUGAAUGAAGCUUUGUAUUAUUACGGAGAUUUCUUACAAUCAGGUUUAACUCAGGAAGUGGAAGCUGAAAAGGAUUACAAUUGUGAGAAUGUAGUUAUAUAUUACAAAUUAUUCAUUGAUAGAUUGGAAAAAUAUUUCUUACCACACUUGAGGUAUGCAUUUGAAGAAUUAACUCGUGGAAACUACCAAAAUGCCUUAAUUGGAUAUCUGAUGGCUGCUGAACAAGGUCUAGAAAAUUCUCAAGUUUCUGCAGCAUAUCUCCUAUACCAACCUGAAUCGUUGCUUACUGAACUUCUACUGAAGGGGAAAACCUUCACCAAAGAAAGAGUGGAAUCAGCUACUUAUUAUUUGGAACUUGCAUCUGCGCAAAACAACUUAGAUGCAACUAUAUUACUAGGUGAUAUAUACUGGAAAGGUGUCGGAGAUGAAGACUGCCUUUCUAAAGAUUAUAACAAAGCUUUCAAUUAUUAUAGUAAAGGUGCUUUGCAACAUUCGUCGCAUGCAUGCUUCAACUUAGCCAUGAUGUACGAAUACGGGCUUGGACCAAUAAAUAAUACAGUGGACUUCUUUAUGGCUAAAAGGUACUAUGAUUUGAGUUUGAAGUAUAAUAAGAAUAACAAAAUUCCUGUGAAUAUUGCUCUACUUAGACUUAGACUCAAGUACUUAUUUAAUUUUGGAGGCUCAGGAAAUAAUUUGUAUGGAAAAGGAAAGGGUAGCAAACAGAAUAGUGAUAACGGAGGCUGGUUGAAGUCAUUCAAAAGCUUGGGCAAGAAGAAUGAAGCUGAAUUGAACCAACAAGAAUUUUCUAGAGCAGAUGCACAUCAUCAAGGUACGAACUAUGUUGAGGACGAAGAAGAAUAUGAUGCAGGCGACUUCCUAGUCAUAUUCUUGACCUUCAUGUUUUUUGUUGUGUUUUUCGUUCAAAACUUUGUACGGCAGUUUAGAAGGAUAAGAAAUAAUAACCAAAAUAAUGCAAAUGCUGCCAUCAAUAAUAAUGACAACAACGAUAAUAACAACAGGGAAAGAGCACAGAAUCAGUUUCAAUGGAAUGGAAAUCAAAUUAGAGGCAAUUUUGGAAAUUUUGAAUUUCAGUUUUUUGCUCUUUGA